CAUUAAACCCUGCAAUCCCCUCCUGUCGUUCAAAAACUCCUUUCCUCCUCUCCGAAAAGAAAAUAAGCUUUUAGUUCAGGAGAGGUAAAGAAAGCGAAAAAAUGAGCAGCUGGAGAAGUCUCCUUCUUCGAAUCGGCGACAACUGCCCCGACUAUGGCACCAGCUCCGACGUCAAAGAACACAUUGAAACUUGCUUUGGUGUUAUUCGGCGAGAGUUGGAGCACUCUUCUAACGAUAUUUUAUCUUUCCUUCUCCAGUGUGCUGAACAGUUGCCUCACAAGAUUCCUUUAUAUGGAACUUUGGUUGGCCUAUUGAACUUGGAGAAUGAGGACUUCGUGAAGCAAAUGGUGGAGGCAACUCAAGCUAAUUUUCAGGAUGCCCUAGAUUUUGGAAACUGUGACAUGAUUCGCAUUUUGAUGCGCUUUCUUACUGUUAUGAUGUGCAGUAAAGUUCUCCAACCUUCUUCUCUGGUAGUUGUCUUUGAAACACUCUUAUCAUCUGCUGCCACAACAUUGGAUGAAGAGAAAGGAAAUCCUUCCUGGCAAGCCCGUGGGGACUUUUAUGUAAGCUGCAUUUUAUCCUGUCUUCCAUGGGGAGGAUCAGAGCUCGUUGAGCAAGUUCCUGAGGAGAUUGAGAGCGUCAUGGUUGGUAUAGAAGCUUAUUUGAGCAUUAGAAGGCAUAAUUCUGAUACCGGAUUGUCUUUUUUUGAGGAUGAUGAUGAAUCUGGGAGGGGUGUUGUUGAGAAGGAUUUCUUGGAAGAUUUAUGGGGUCGGAUUCAAGUACUAUCUAGCAAUGGAUGGAAAGUAGACAGUGUACCCAGACCUCAUCUCUCGUUUGAAGCUCAGCUGGUUGCUGGGAAGUCUCAUGAGUUCGGGCCCAUCAACACUCCUGAGCAACCUGAGCCACUUUCAGAAGUCUCUGGGGUACUUUAUGGUAAACAGAAGCAUGAUGCAGAGUUAAAGUAUCCUCAAAGGAUACGCAGGCUUAAUAUAUUUCCUGCGAGUAAAAUUGAGGAUAUGCAACCCAUAGAUCGCUUCAUUGUGGAAGAGUACUUGCUGGAUGUACUUUUGUUCCUCAAUGGAUGUCGAAAGGAAUGUGCUUCGUUCAUGGUUGGCCUGCCUGUACCAUUUCGUUACGACUAUCUCAUGGCAGAGACAAUUUUCUCACAGUUACUUUUGCUACCAUUACCACCUUUCAAGCCAAUAUAUUACACACUUGUGAUAAUGGACCUUUGUAAGGCUCUUCCUGGAGCCUUCCCUGGAGUUGUCGCUGGUGCAGUUCGUGCACUUUUUGAGAAAAUAGCUGAUUUAGAUACGGAGUGUCAGACAAGGCUCAUCCUUUGGUUUUCACACCAUCUGUCAAACUUUCAAUUCAUCUGGCCAUGGGAAGAGUGGGCUUUUGUUUUAGACCUACCUAAGUGGGCCCCACAGCGUGUGUUUGUUCAAGAGGUCUUGGAAAGAGAAGUCCGUCUGUCAUACUGGGACAAAGUUAAGCAGAGCAUUGAGAAUGCACCUGCUUUAGAAGAGUUGCUUCCACCAAAGGGUAGUCCAAACUUUAUAUACAGCAUCGAAGAUGGUAGAGAAAAAACUGAGCAGCAUGCUCUGUCUGCAGAGCUCAACAACAAGGUGAAGGCAAGGCAAACUGCUCGAGAAAUAAUGUCAUGGGUAGAAGAAAGUGUAUUUCCUAAUCAUGGUUGGGACGUCGCCCUUAAAGUGGUUGUACAUACCCUUCUUGAUAUCGGUUCUAAAAGUUUCACUCAUUUGAUCACUGUUUUGGAGAGAUAUGGCCAAGUAUUUGCACGAAUUUGUCCUGAUCAUGAUAAGCAGGUCAUGCUGAUAGCUGAAGUUAGUUCAUAUUGGAAGAACAAUGCUCAAAUGACUGCCAUAGCAAUUGACAGAAUGAUGGGUUAUCGACUAAUUUCUAAUUUGGCAAUUGUGAGAUGGGUAUUUUCUCCAGCAAACAUUGAGCAAUUUCAUACAUCUGAUCGUCCAUGGGAGGUUCUUAGAAAUGCUAUCAGCAAGACUUAUAACCGUAUAUCUGAUCUAAGAAAUGAGAUAUCAUCUCUUAAGAAGAGUGUUGUAUCAGUUGAAGAAGCAGCGACAAAGGCAAAAACAGAGUUAGAUGCUGCUGAGUCAAAGCUCUCUCUUGUGGAUGGUGAGCCUGUUCUUGGUGAUAACCCUGCGAGGUUGAAGCGCUUGAAAGCAAAUGCUGAAAAGGCAAAAGAAGAAGAGGUGUCUGUGCAUGAGUCUUUGGAGGCCAAGGAGGCUCUUCUUGCUCGUGCCCUUGAUGAAAAUGAGGCAUUGUUCCUCUCUUUGUACAAAAACUUCUCAAAUGUGUUGAUGGAACGUCUACCUGAUCCAUCUAGAGCUCGAACAUUACGGGAAUUAAAGUCAAUUCAAGCAGAUGAAAUGACCGUUGAUCUCGAUGAAUCAUCAGUAAUGGAAGUGGAUAAUGAGAGUGGGAGACCCAACAAAAGCCAGUCGAAUGGAGGAAAGGAAAGCAACAUCUAUAAUGUGGGAGAGAAAGAGCAAUGGUGUUUAUCAACUCUCGGCUAUGUCAAGGCCUUUGCAAGACAGUAUGCUUCUGAGAUAUGGGCUCACAUCGAGAAGCUAGAUGCAGAUGUAUUCACAGAAAAUGUGCAUCCUCUUUUCAAGAAAGCAGUUUAUUCUGGUUUAAGUCGGCCAAUCAAUGAUGUGUCAUCCGUCUAAAAUUUAUCUCAGAAUUUUAUCCUGCCAUCCAAAAUUGAUUAGUGUAGAUGACUAAGGCUAUUGAAAGAAAAUUGAGUUUAGCUUCAAUAUCCAGGGCAAACUAAGUUGUUUUAACUAUGUUUUUUUUUCCCGGCGAGUCAGGUAGAUUAGGGAGAAGCUAACCAAAGACGCAUAUCUGGGAACCUUGGUUAUGAGUAUUCUGUAUAAUAACUAUGUAACAUCUUUGAUAUUGUUUGUUUUCUUCCA